AUGGCGGACACGGGCACGCUCAUUAGCAUCAUCGGCGAUUACAACAAUCUUGACGAACCAAAGCCGGCGUGGAACCACAGGGAGGCAAUCAUUGGCUUGACUAUCCCAUUCCUGGUCUGCUCUUGGGUAUGCGUAUCGUUUCGUCUGUAUACCAGAUUGAGGAUAAUUUAUGCCCCCGGAUGGGAUGACGUACUUCUUGUGUUCUUCUUGAUUACGGGGACUGGAAAUGCUAUAGGUUUAUGUUUCGCCGCCAAGUUUGGACUUGGCCAACAUAUCUUGUUAUUGCAGUACCAUGAUAUGGUGGACUUCCUCAAGUCCUUCUAUGUUGCCAACGCAUCUUACAACAUGUCGACAGCGCUCAUCAAGAUGUCGCUACUGUUCCAGUAUCUGAGAAUCUUCGACCGAGGGAAGACGCGAAUACUAUGCAUUGCUCUGCUCUGCUUUAUAGGUCUUUGGGGUCUGGCGUACUCGGCACUGGUAUGGUUCCCAUGCAGCCCAGUGUCUGGCUAUUGGGAUUGGUUGUCUGGUCCUCAAUGCUGGGCAUUUGCAUCACUCGACGGGCCUGAGUUCUACGCGACAUACGCCAGCCAUGCGGUCUUGAAUAUGGUUCUGGACUUCAUCGUACUAGCCACCCCAAUGCCGCUCUACUUCCGCGACACUACGUCGACCGCGACGAGGCGGAGAUUAUUAAUGCUCCUAGGUGCAGGUACACUUGUGAGCUGCAUUUCAAUCUGGCGCCUGGCGGUCAUCAUUCAACACAAAGCGGCAACUUAUCCAACCUUUGAUCCGACGUGGUAUGGGCCCGGCGUGGUCUUGUUGGGCAUGAUGGAAGUCAACGCAGCCAGUAUUUGCGCAUGCGUUCCGGUAUUCUGGCCUGUCUUGACUGCCAGCAUCGACCAAAUAUUCGUCACCCAGGAAAUAAAGAUUACGAGAGAACGUCGCUACUCCGGAGACGGAGACGAUGAGAUCGAAUUACACGACAGCACAACCACCCAUAGUCGCAGCGAAAGCGUGAUGAGCCAAAGCCAUGUACACCUUACGAAGAGUGGCAACAACACACACUACAUGGACGAUUAUGUCAUCGAUCAAGUCGAUCCUUUGCGGUCAAAAAACCGAGUCGAAGUGACAAUAGAGAACCUACCCAAAAAGAGCCUCUCGAGAAGGCCGUCGGAAAGAAGUAUGUUUAGAAACUAG